ACAGCAUGUGUACUGAUAGUGUAUUCUGCCCCAAAAAACUUACAAAGCCGCGUUAUUUGAUAAAUCUGUUUGAAAAGUUUUAGCUUUCAACGAUUAAUUUAGUUGGUAAGAAUCCGAUUGCCAACCAUCUUAUUCUAAGAUUAUACUAUGAAAAUCAUUUGUUUUGAUGGGAGUGAACUGCCUAUUUCUUUUCAGUAGACUAACCAAAGCUGUUCCAACUAGUUAUCCAUUUCGUAGUUUAUGGACCAAAAUGGAUUUGUCUUUACCUAAUGUUCGCGGAAUGACCGAACUAGACAGAGAAAAAUUUUCAAAAGAAGUGAAUGUACCGUCAGUUGAAAUCCCAAGCCAAAAUAUUGGGAAAAGCAUGCAUGUUUUCAAAAAAUACCUACUCAAGAUGGAGAAGCUCAAACCAGUCGUUGAAGUUGAUGGCACUGUUUUGAGAAAAAAAUUGCUGCUGGACCCUCUGUUAUUUGAAACAUUGGAAAAAUUGAGUGAAGAACAACAAACGAAACUUUCUGAAUUGGAUGUGAACAAUGACAACUUCUCUAGAACAUGUCUUCAUUUACAGUAUGAAAAUUUCAGAAUAGACGACAUCUUCAAAGCUGUUUUACCAGAGGGGAAAGAAGGAUGUACCUCAUAUUCACGAAUAGGUCACAUCAUUCACCUUAAUCUUAGAGAUCACCUGCUACCCUACAAAAAUUUGAUUGGUCAGGUCUUGAUUGACAAGUUGAUUGGAGUGAAGACGGUGGUGAACAAGAGUUCGGCAAUAGACUCGACUUAUCGAAACUUCCAAAUGGAAGUAUUGGCGGGUGAAACUGACUUUAUAACGGAGGUGAAAGAGAAUUUAUGUACUUUCAAAUUUGACUUUAGCCAAGUGUAUUGGAAUUCAAGACUCUGCACGGAACACGAGCGCAUCAUCAAACUGUUACCCCAGAACUGUGUUUUGUUUGACGUUUUUGCUGGAGUGGGUCCGUUUUCAGUUCCGGCCGCGAAGAUUCGCAAGUGCCAGGUCUUUGCCAACGAUCUCAACCCAUCUAGCUACCAUUGGCUCAAAGAAAACGUUCGAAUCAACAAAGUCGCGAAAGUUGAAACGUUCAAUCUUGAUGGGCGUCAAUUCAUUCGUGAACAGUUGUCAUCAUUCCUUCUUAGAAAGCCCACAGAGCCCAUCCACGUAACGAUGAACCUUCCUGCACUUGCUGUCGAAUUCCUCGACGCCUUCAUCGGACUAUUAGCGGGUAUCGAGUUGGAUCCACUCCCAGACAUUACCGUUCAUGUCUACAGUUUCUGCGAAGAAUCUUCUGCCUUCUCUGAAAUGCGUACCAAAGUGGAAUCAUCUUUAAAACAUUCCAUUGAAGAUGGAAAAAUCGUCGAAUUGGUCGACGUUAGAGAUGUUUCACCCAAGAAGCACAUGCUACGAUUGUCCUUCCGGAUUCCCAUCGAAAUCCUUACGAAGUCUGGACCUGAAGUGGAGGAGGAAACUUCCGAACCGAAGAGGCUAAAGCUGGAUUUAGAGUCACAAGAUCGAUAAAGUCUAAAGAAGAAGAUGAGAGUGGUGUAUCUAAAGGUGUUCCCGAUUAGGUUUUGAUGUUUAUAACAAUUUAAACAAUAAAACUCUGGAAACCUAAUCACGAAAACAAUUUCACUGGCAUAUAAUGAACACUUUCUCUAAACACUUACAAAAAGAAGGGCGGUGACGUAGAGUAGUGUUACAACUUCUCUCUUAUUUUGGUUUAAGUUACAACUUGGCAUGCAAGUGGAUGAAAUAAAUCAUGAGUGCUAUCCAUUA